UGUGUGACCAAGACGGCCAUCUUGUAAAAGUGUUCCCGUGUGGUGUGUGUGGUGUGUUUGCAGGUUCGGUAAAGGAGAACAGGAGCUUCGACGGGGACUGGAAGUCCUUAUCAAGUCGUUGCAACGGUCCUUGCCAGUCCCUGGGUAUCCAGGUGACCUUACGCGAGGCCACAGGACCUUACAACUGUUCUGACAACGAUAAACAAAAACAAAUACACGAAAGAAAAAAAAACUCAGCGCAUUCGUUUCAUAUUCGAAGAUGAGUUCUGCAUCCACGGGGGGCACGGAGGGGUCCAGUCCAGCCUCCAGCCCUGCUUCAGCAACGAGCCUUGCAAUGGCAGCUCCUAAAUACGGUACUUUAGUGCCUAAUCGCAUUUUUGUUGGCGGAAUUUCAGCGAGUACAAGCGAAGCCGAACUUGCUCAAGUUUUUUCCGCCUAUGGCAAUGUUAAAGCAACAAAAAUAAUCUCUGAUCGAGCAGGCGUCUCGAAGGGAUAUGGAUUUGUAACAUUUGAAACCGAAGAAGAAGCCAAACGUCUUCAACAAGAGAUUUAUUUACAGUCUGAAUGCAUCAUCGUGAGGGAAAGAAAGUUAAACAUUGCUCCCGCCAUUAAAAAACAGCCUUUUAGUCGAUCCUUCGACGGUGGAUCAGGUUCACCUCCUGCUGUGCCUACCAGUACUUAUUAUUACACGAAUGGCAUGAGUCUCACUUACCAAAAUGGUAUGACAUUUUAUAAUACAGCAACACCGGCACCUGGAACUGCAAUUGCACCGCCUCCAACAGAUCCCGCUGCGAUUUAUCAAGCAACUGGAGUAUUUGGGCCUCAAGCAACAGCAAGCCAUCAGACAUUUGCUCCAGUUAUGUAUCCAUGUCCAGCGCCAUCCAUAUACAUGCCGCAACAAUAUCAGUAUUCUCCAAUGCCGUAUGAGCCGUAUUAUACAGGGGCAACUACUGCUGGAGCUCAGUACAUGUUUGCAACCGGAAAUUCACAAAAUACAACGAGCGGUAAUGCAAAUGGCUCAGGAACAAGCAUCAAUGGUACAGGUGUAACGAGUCCAUCAACUGGACCACCACCUUUACAAUCAUUGCCACCGCCGCCUCCGACUCAUUAUUACGCAUCGACCGCUCCCCAUCAUCAUCAUCCGCCAGUUCCUGCUGGUCCACCAGCUUCUCAAAUGGAUCAUGUUUAUUAUUCCUUCACCACUGGACAUCCACCGCCACCUCCGCACGCACAGAUCGGUCUCGGUGAUCAGCAAUUGCUUCUCUACACCACUGAUCCCUCGUGUCAGCCGCAAACCACCGAAAAUCAGACUAAUCAACAGGAGGACUCUCGUUCAACAUCGAGCCACUCGGAGCAGCAACAAAGUGAAACGCAGGCUGCACAGCCCACGGGGUCAUCAACAUCUUUGGUACCCGUGAUGCCGAUCAAAGUUCCAAUGUCCGGUCGUUACACUAAUUAUCAUCCAUUAGCUGUCCAUUCGUCCAACAUUCACAAUUCACAGACUUGCCUAAACGAAACAGACGACACAACCGGAAAUCAAAUGCACUUUGUUUAUCAUCCAACAGUUUACAUUCCUCACACACCACCCUAUCACACAUCCAAUAAUAGCAGUCUCCUUCCCACUCCACCACCACCACAACAACAACAACAACAAUCCAAUCAACAACAGACAUACGAGUACAAUCAAAAACAGCAAAACUAUCGCGACUAUCAGAAAACAUUCACCAAUCCACAAAGCAAUUACGUUUCGCAAAAUUCCAAUUUCCUAAUUCAUCAGAACAACUUUUCCAAAUCUCACACUUCUGGCAAUCCUCCGUUGUACAACAAGUACAACACUGAUUUGCACAAAUACCAGUCAAUCGGAAUUCCCUCUUCUCGUAUUGCUGGACAUUACAAACGUUACGGUUCGAAUGCGGGCUCGUCCUCAUGUUUCUUGUCUCAAAAACCCACCACCACCUAUCAUUCUAAUCCAAGAGCAAUGGGACCGAAUAAAUCAAAUUACGACUAUAAUCGACGCAACGAUUACAAUCAGGACAAACAUCAAACAAUUCGCAAAAACAAUAUAACGCGUUCUGAUAAAACUGAAAUCGAAAAAAAUCAAAACGAAAUGAAUCGCACAAAUGCGAAUUCAAAGGAGACAGGAAAUAUCGAGAAAUCAACGAGCCCGCCUCCGGCACCGUACUCCCCAAUGACUCGUCCUCUUCCCACCCUCUCACCACCAACAUCACAGGUCCAGUUUUACAAUCCGGCUCAAAAUCGUUUCCAAACGCCAAUUCAACAACAAUCGAAUCAACAACAACGUCGAUAUACACCGGGACAAGGGCGACGAACAACCGACAACAAAUACAACAACAAUUCGUCGUCAUCAUCGUCGUCGUCAAUUCUCCGUCAAUCGAAAUACAAGGUCAAUGGAAUUGCACCCAAAGUGACUGACGACAGUAUCGGAGGCGCUGGCGAUGCUCCAACAAGAAUGCCAAUCACGCCACCAGCAACACCUCGUAAUCAUUCAUCCGGCGAACAAAAUCAACUGAACGACUCGUGCCAUCAAAUGGCGGCUCUUACUCUUUAAAAAAAACUUUUUUUCGUUAUUAUUUUUGCGGGACAAUUUCUUACUCUUGUGAUCUCAAGUCCUGCACACACACCGAAAUCAGCCGAGACUCAAAAAAUUUUUUUUUCCCGAGUCACUGAAUUGUUGAAUAUUUAUAGAAUAAAUACGAAACGAGAUAUCAGUAUAAGGCGAGAUAUAUAUCGACAUUUACAGAUAUUAUAAGAUAUUAUUGCUAGGUACGAGGCACGAUAUACAUUAAUAAUAAUAUUUAAAAAAAAGUAUAUAUAUAUUACGAAUAUAUAUAUUAUAUUGCAUAUAUCUAAUUAUACAUUUCAGAAUCAGCUAAAUUCAAUUUAAGAAAAAGUCAGAUUUAUUAUUAUUACUUAUCAUUCUAGGAAACUCAAACGAAACGCGUUUAAUUUCCUUCGAAGAUUACGCAACCCUUUUUUGUUUUCUUUUUAAAACAAGAAGACUGAAUCAUUUUUCGAAAUUAUUUUCGAUUAUGAAAUUGUUUUGAUUAUAAUAUCACUUGCCUGGCUGUAUUAGGAAAAUAGUAAAAAUGUUGAUAGUCGAGAGGAAACGCAGGGCCUUUGGUUGAGAAAGAAAAUUGAAGUUUAAAAAGCUAAUAUGUCCAGCUAACAAUACACUGCGAAUACAAGUCAAGUGCCAGUUAAUUUUCAUAAAGAAGAUUAUUUUCGAAUUGAUUUUUCUAAAAGAGAAGGAAAUUUACUUGACGAGAAGAGAAACCGGACUUUGAGGGAAGAAUUCAGUGAUAUCAAUAUUUCUGUUUGUUUCAAAAAAAUUCAAAACAU